CUUCUUUAUUUAUACCCAUCUGAAUGGGUAUGGUAUAAAAUGACACUAUUUGUGGCGGUUAGAACAGCCGAUAGUUCAACAUAAAUAGAUACAGAUCAAUAAGGGUAUGAUCGUCAACAAAAUAAGGAAUUAUACUGAACAUACAACGAUAACAUGGGAGACAAAGGUAAAAAGCAAGACACGGACGAAAGUCUAGAUCCCGAAACUAUUGCAGAAUUUAAGUUAGCAUUUGAGAUGUUUGACAAGGACAAUGAUGGUACAAUAUCUUCAACGGAACUUGGUGUCGUAAUGAGAUCUCUAGGUCAAAACCCGACGGAACAAGAACUUAAAGAUAUGAUAAAUGAAGUAGAUGUUGACGGAAACGGCACAAUAGAUUUUCCAGAAUUUUGUCAGAUGAUGAAUAGAAGAAUGACUGAACAUAACGAACCUGAGGAGUUGAUGGAAGCAUUCAAGGUGUUUGACAAAGAUGGUAACGGCUAUAUAAGCGAGGAAGAGUUGAAGUAUGUGAUGAUGAAUCUAGGAGAGAAGAUGACAGAUGACGAGGUAAAAGAGAUGAUGAGAGAAGCAGAUGUAGACGGUGAUGGUCAGAUAAGUUACCAAGAAUUUGUUACAAUGAUGACAGCCCAGAGUUGAUGUGAUGAGUUGCAAUGAUGUUGUUUGUAAACAUGCUUUUGAAAAAGCAUGAAACUAUUUCUUUUAUAUAACUGGAGCAAUCAUUUAAUAACUGUGUGAUUCUUAUAGUGAUUAGUCACGGUUCACGUUUAGUAUCAAAUUAUUCUUACACAUAUUCGUUAGAUAUUUAAAUAAGUAAACAGUCACUGUUUAUAUGAUAGUGAUAAAAACAAUAACCGUAUUUCAUUAAUAUUAAGAAUGUGUACAUUAUGUCAUAUUGGUGUAUAACCUACAAAACUAUUUUACUUCAAUCUUUUUUUUUUUUUUUUUUUUUGAAAAUUUAAAAAUCAUUCACAAAAAGACUAUUUAUUUUUGUCAGUCUUUACUAACACAUGUCUUGUGCUAAGGUAGCUUUCACCACAUGUUCUUCAAACUAUUUAUUUAUUUGUUUAUAAACGUUUGCUUAUGGUUUUCUUUGUACCAAACAGCUCUUCAAUAGUAGAAUUAAAAUUUUUAAAAAUGUCAAAUGUCAGUUUUUUUUAUAUUCCAUCUUUGUACAUAUCUGUCAUAUAGACAUCAUAUAGUUACGUACAAUUAUCUGUGAAAUAUUCGUUCAUUCCUGUAUCAAAGCCUUGUUCAUUUUCUGAAACAUCUACAGUUGACUCGCUCGCAUCUUCUUGUGCACUGACCUAUUCAAGUCACCCAUAGAUGUUAUUUACAAUGAAAAUUAGUAUUAAAUUUUGAAUGAUUUACAUGCUAUCCAACACUAUUUCAAAUUUGAAAACCAUAUGAAAUUUGUACCAAGCAUUUAAGAACUUGGCACAAAUUUUCGUCGCCGAGUUUGAACGACAGAUUGGAUGAACGCUGAUGGCGCACGCAAUGUCGGACUUGUAUGUAAAUCAUUUAACAUGUGAUACAUGUGAUAUAUGAUUAGAAAUACAAUGUGUAUUCUAUUCUUUAAUGACUGUAUCUGUAUCUAUAAUGCCAUUUACAAACAUACAACAGGCAGUAGUUGUCCUGGUAAUAAAUGCAUAUAGUCCACCUUUA